GCGGGGGAUUGUGGAGCUUGUAGGAAAUAUCGACAUCCAAUAGAAACUACAACUCCCAUAGUACACCUGUGGCUGGCUUUAUGUUCUGUUCAUGGCGUCUGGUUCAGGGCUAAUGACAGGUCGCCUUCCGACAAACAGAUAGGCCGUUGACUUUAACGGUUUUGUGUUGACUGUCUCGGUGUGACACAAUGGAGGUGGAGAGCGUCAAAGUGGAUGAUGAGAGGCGUUUGACCCUGCUGAGGUUUGAAGCCGCCGUCAAAGUGAUUAAGAGUUUACCCCCGGAUGGCCCCUUUCAGCCCUCCAAUGACAUGAUGCUCAAGUUCUACAGUUACUAUAAACAAGCCACUGUGGGAGCGUGCAAUAUACCCCGACCUGGCUUCUGGGAUGCAGUUGGCAAAGCAAAAUGGAAUGCAUGGAAUUCUCUUGGAGAUAUGCCAAAAGAAGAAGCGAUGUCAGCCUAUGUUGAUGAAAUGAAGCUGAUCCUGGAGGGCAUGCCCAUGACAGACGAGGUGGAGGAGCUCUUGCGCGUCCUCGGCCCGUUCUAUGAGCUGAUUGAGGAGAAGAAAAAGAUCACACAGAUAUCAGACCUGAGCACAGGGUUUGGUACAAUGCUGAAUUCAGUACCGUCGAAGAGUGUCGCAAAGAGCAUCAUCAGAACGAUGGAAAUGAACGGCACUCUGGAGACUCGUCCUGCCACGCUGAAAUUAAAGGAAGUGAGGGAAAGGUCAGAGGAAGAAGCACAAGAGGAGGAUGAGAAUGAGGAGGAAGAGGAAGAGGAAGAAGUAGUGAUGAGGGAGGUCAGAAAAGGUAAUGCAUUUAUAAAAACUGUGCAAAUAUUGUCAGUAAAAACAUUUAUUUGCCCUGAUUUUCUUUGUUGGGAUUUUAUUUCAGACAAGAAAUCAACAACUUCACAGCUAAAGAAGAAAGGUUCAGCCAGGAGACACAAAGCGCCCCUGUUGAACGGUAAAAUGGCUAACGGGGUCACCCAUCUGACCAAUGGGGGUCAUUCCAGGGUUGCCCUGAACAGUGACGACUCCCAGGAGGGUUCAGUCAGUGAGCCUCUGCUCAAUGGCCACCACACAGAUCCCAGUGUAGAUGUGUGUGGUCCCAGUCACCUGGCCAGUGACUCAGACAGCGAAGUCUACUGUGAUUCUGUGGACCAGUUUGGCCAAGAUGAGAGCUCAGAGCAUAACCGCUCUUUGGACGACCUGGAUGAAGAGGAGAACCACGUCUUGCCACCUCUAGAGGAGCCGCAGGCAACGCAGGAUCCCCAGGAGGAUGUUCAUGGUGCACCUCAGGUCAUCAGGUGUGGAGGAGAAGAUGGAGAGAACUGUGGAAAAAUGUCGCAGAGACAGAGUCUGAAUGCAGACAUGCCAGACAGCUCUUUGAUCAGAAGAGGAAAGGGCUCCAGUUCUCCAGGCUUCGGCUCUGGAUCGCUGGUGCCCAUGUACGGUGGUGGAGAUGGGGAUGGAGGCCACUGGGGAGGAGCAGUAACACCUGGAGGGAGCCUGAAUGAGCAGAUAUUUGUGGCGUUGGCUAGACUGCAGGAGGACAUGCAGAACGUUCUGGACAGGCUGCAUUCCCUGGAGGCUUUAACUGCUAUCCAGGCAAGAUCAAUGUCUCCAACUUAUGCAUCACCCCCAGUGAAGAAGAGGAGUCAGAAACCAUCCUGGUGGCCUUUUGACAUUUCUCCGACCAGUUUGGCCUUUGCUGUUUUAUGGCCAUUUGUGGUACAGUGGCUUAUUCGCCUAUACCUGCAGAGGAGAACAAGACGAAUCAACUGAAGCUGCCCUCACCCAAACACCCAUGGGCACAGACGAUAAAGAGUCCUCUAAAUGUCUUUGGUUGGGUUGCUAAUGGCUGUAACUCCCCCCUGCUUAGACCCACAGCCCAGUAAUUUGCUUUUGCACUAUAAAGAAAGCACCUAGAGUAAUGAAUGCGAGGAAGAUAUCUCUCAAGUGUGUUGUACUGUGGAUGUGGAAUUGAAUAGAAACAUGAAUGUAUGAGCUCGCAGCCUGUGAUUAUACAGCCUUUUCAAGAGGAUACCACUGUACUGGAAUCUUUGUGUUUGUGUUGAGAGGGGGAACAUAAGAGUUGGGAUGUUAGCGUGUUUAAAAACCAACUACAGUAGAUUCUCAAUGAUAUCCAUAACUAAGGCUUAGUUGGACAAAAAAUGGGCCUGAUACUUUGUUGAUUUGAGCGUAAUGCUUAGUUGCCCAGGCAAUGCUGCUAUCAUAAAAUGUUGUAAUAACUGUAUAGUUUAGAAGGGAGGAUUGAAUGUAGAAAUAUAUUGAUGUGAGAUUCUUUUAAAUUCUGAGAAUAAGUUAAUAUUUAUUGCUUUUAGCAACAGUUACAAUGAAGGCAUUGUUCGCCAGAUUUCAGCUGUACAAAUGAGGUAUAUGUUUAAAGUGACUGCUAAAUAUUAGUCAAGGUCUGUUCUGCAUAUCAGUCUGUGCUUUAUGUCAAAGUGGUCUCCACUUCACUGUUUUCCAAAUAGAAGUGCCUCAACAUCAUAAGGUACAUAUAUACUGUAGGUGGUAUUAUGAUUUCUUACAUUCACAUAUUGUAGCAUAACUGUUCCAGUGCUGGACCAAAUAAUCAUUAAUCAUACUACCUAGCGAGCCAUGAGGUGGUCAGCUAUCGGAUUAUUAAUGCAUAACACGCUUUCAGGUUUGUCUAUACUGUAUAAUUUUAAUGUGUGAUGUAGUAAUGUUUGUACGAAUAUUGUGGAAAGAUUUUGUGUGAGUGAUAGUAAUCGUGUGCAAAGCAGUGAGAUCUAUAUAAAUUGUAUACAAUAGCUGUACAGAUUAAAAUGCAGUAUUUUAAUUGCAUUCCCAUGAAUUAUUAACAUAGUAUAUCAUAUUUACAAAUGUUUGCAUCUGCAAUAGCACUAAUCUUUCCAGAGCCAUUAUGUUUUAAUAAAAAAAGUCAUAUAUUCACCUUUCUACUGAAAUGUACAAAGGCUUUCUCACCCUCUCUGCCUGUGGAUAGACGGGUGUUUGCAUGUGAUAAUCUAUGCCUCAAAUAAAAUUUUCAUAAAGCA